CUCAACCAGUCGCGGUCUGACUACAACGCGGGUUCCAGGCCAGCCACACUGGCACUUGGACAGGCCGCUCCUACCCCAGAAAACAACCAACCUCACAGAGGUAGAAAGGAGGCUCGGGAGAGGACUGGACUGGGAGUCCUUUUGGGCUGUACGACUGUGACCUUGAGCAAGCUGCUUCCCUUCCCUGUAUCUCGGCCUCCUGCUUCUUGGGGGGUGUGGGGUGAGGGCUCUUGGGUGACAACCACUUUGAAGACCAAAACCAUUUAGGAACCAAACCCAGAGCAUGUGAUUUCUCAUGUCCAUCCAUCCAGGCCUGAGACCAUUUCCUGGACUACCUCAGUGGCUGAGGAAGACAGGAGCCCAUUGCACUUGAGCAUUUUCCAAAGACAUGGGGCCUUGGGCCCGAAUGCUGUGGACCCUUCUAUCUGGCCUGAGAGGGAGGAGAGGAGGCAUCCAGGGCUGGGCCUUUGGCUUAUGGCCACCCUAUCUACCUCAGCCCAGGCUGUUAAGUCCCACAGAGUUGGUCAGCCACUGGACAAGAGUCUUUGAAAAGAGAGGCAUCCCAGAGGCCCGAGAAUCCAGUGAAUAUAUCGUGGCUCAUGUCCUUGGAGCCAAAACAUUUCAGAGCUUGCAGCCAGUACUUUGGACCCAACCCUUGACUCCUCAACAAUUGCAGUGUGUUCAGGAGCUAUGUAGCUGCCGAUUGCAGAGGAUGCCUGUGCAGUACAUUCUUGGGGAAUGGGACUUUCAAGGGCUGAGUCUGAAGAUGGCACCCCCAGUAUUCAUUCCUCGACCUGAGACAGAGGAACUGGUGGAAUGGGUACUAGAGGAGAUGGCCCAGAGGCCCCAUGUGAUGGAAGCUCAAGAUGGCCCACGUAUUCUGGAGGUGGGCUGUGGAUCGGGAGCCAUCUCCCUCAGCCUGCUGACUCAGCUCCCCAAGAGCCAAGUCAUUGCUGUGGAUAAAGAGGAAGCCGCCAUCAGCUUGACCUGUGAAAAUGCUCAGAGGCUUCAGUUGCAAGACAGGAUUUGGAUCGUCCCCCUCGAUGUGACCUCAGAAGGGAGCUGGAUGCAUCUUUUGCCAUGGGGCCCUAUGGACUUGGUUGUCAGCAACCCUCCGUAUAUCUUCCAUCAGGACAUAGAGCAGCUGGCCCCAGAGAUCUGCAGCUAUGAAGAUCCAGUGGCCCUGGAUGGUGGAGAGGAGGGCAUGGACGUCAUUACCAGCAUCUUGACCCUGGCACCUCAGCUCCUGAAGCAUUCUGGAAGCAUCUUCUUGGAAGUGGACCCAAGGCACCCUGAGCUUGUCAGCAGUUGGCUCCAAAGUCAGCCUGAUUUGCACCUCAAUCUUGUGGCCGUGCGCAGAGACUUCUGUGGGAAGCCCCGGUUCCUGCAUGUGCAAAAGUCUGGGCCGUAGUGCAGCUGCCCUACAGAAACUUGGCCAGAGCUCUAGCCUGCCAGGGUGCCUGUCUGACCCUUCUAGGAGUGGUGGAUGAUGCUUUCUAGAACCCAGGUGCUUGCAGCACUCCCAUGGUUCUGUGAUUCUUCAUGAUGCACACUUCUGAGAGACUUGGAAGCAAGGCUGGAGGUGUCCUUUCUGGGGCAGCCAAGAACAGGGCACCCACAGUUUGGCUGACAAGCUGGGCAGAACCAAGUCCCCAGUCCAGAUCCAUCACACCACUGUGACUGAAGACACGUCACUCCUGUGCUUUGUGGUGGGAUUGCUGUUCAGGUUCUGGGAAAUGUGGAUAGUGAAAACAGUAUCAAAAGACUGACAAGUGGCAACCUAAUUGUUUUGCUGUGCUUUGUAGGGCCCUGCCCCCAAUCCCUGAACAGUGCAAGGGUGAGAGCUUCCUCUUGCUAGUUCUCUGUCUGGUAGAGGCAGGACAUUCACUUGUGUCCUUGAUACCAUAGAGUCCUGUACCGAGAGCUCCCGCCUUGGAUUGAGCAGUCCUCCACCAGCCAGUGCACUUGUACAGUUCCCUGGCUGGCCCCAGGCUUUGAGUGUGCUUCCAGGAAAGGAUGGGGCUGGGAGUCUCAGCACACAAUUCUGGAGUUUCCCACUCACAGUCACAUAACCAAAAGCUUGAGCCAGCACAGCUGAGAAGGGCUUUUGUUUAUCUUAAUUUGUAGCUUUGAUUGAUAGAUUGAUUAGUUUUAUGAGGCAGGGUCUCACUGUGGCUGGCUUUAAACUUA